GGAUAAGGAGGGAGCAUGAGGAGGAUGCUGUGUGCGUGUGUGCUUUGGGCUGUACUAGGGGCGUGGAUAUGUCCUAAGGCCGAGGCGGCAAGCAGUGUGAGCUGUGGGGGCUGCACGUUUCAUGUCUCGGAUGAGGGCUUGUUGUGGAGGGAAGGGAGCUGUGCGGAUAGCUGUACUGGGGGGUUGUCAUUGACCUCCCUUGAAAUUCGGAACAUAACUAAUGGGACCUUUCACGGGCUCUCGAGCUUGCGGUUGAUACAACUUGGACAAAACAAGCUUCAGAGUCUGCCUGCAGGGAUCUUCGAAGGGCUCUCAAGUGUGGAGCAAAUACAUAUUCCCAACAAUAUGCUGUACACUCUGCCUGCAGGGAUCUUCGACGGGCUCUCGAGCUUGCAGUCUUUGCAAUUUCACGACAACCAGCUUCAGAGUCUACCUGCAGGGAUCUUCGAUGGGCUCUCGAGCUUGAAGGAUUUAGGGUUUUACAGGAACAAGCUGGAGAGCCUUCCUGCGGGGAUCUUCCACGGGCGCUCUAACUUGCUGGGGAUACAUUUCGACUUCAACCAGCUGAAGAGUCUGCCUGCAGGGAUCUUCGACGGGCUCUCGAGCUUGCAGAAGAUAGAUCUUGCCGCCAACAAGCUUUCCUGUGUUUCCUCCCGGGCUUUCGCUGGUUUGUCUUCGCUUUUCUUUUUGAACCUGGAAGGCAACAAUCUUCUAGACUCACCAACUUGUGGACAUUUCACUUGUACUACAAUCAGAUCUCAAGACUGUCUUUUGGGCAUGUGCUGCCUGUACCUUGAUAAUAAUCAGCUUUCAAGCCUCCCCGAUGGCAAAUUUGACAAACUCACAAGCCUGCGGAGACUACAUCUUGACAACAAAAACCUGGAGAGCCUAUCUGUUGGGAUCGUCGACGAGCUCUCGAGCUUGGAAUGCUGGGCUUUCCGGGAACAGCCAGUCCACCCACACUCUCGACCUGGACCUCUGUGGCCGCUGCUCUCCGAUCCUUGUCAUGGGUUGCACAAGUCCUUCGCUUCUGAGUUUCUUGCUGGCUCUUGUCAGCAUCAGUCUCGUCCUGUACACCCACAGAAUCCUUCAGACGGGUCACUCGCCGAUGACUCUUCUCGGUCCCACCGGCAUUAUUCUUGCAUCCCAGAUUCUCCUACGUCGUUCCCUCUUUGCACUCGCAAACAAGAGCACUGCCAAUCGAUGCGGAACUUGCGGCCAAGACCAAGUUGA